AUGGAAAGCAACCUGCUGAACAUCCUGGCCACGUGCCUGACUCCGACCUCGGCCACUUUCGCCGAGGCUCAGCGCCAGCUGGGCGAGAUGCGCAAGCACCAGCUGCCGGAGUUCGUGCGUGCCUUGUGCGACGUGAUCGCGAACGCCCAUGUGAACAGCGACAUACGUCAGUUGGCGGGUGUGCUGCUGAAGAACUGCUUCGAGCGCGACCCCAAGUCGAGCGACCCUAACGCGAACGUCCUGCUGCAAGUCCCCGAGGACUCGUUGCGCUACAUAAAGGUCCAGCUGCUCAACGUCAUGAAAUCGGGCGGCGAGAGCCAGUCGGUGCUGGCGGCGUGCUACGUGAUCUCGCGCAUCGCCGAGCUGGAGCUGCGUCGUCAGGGUUGGCCAGAGUUUUUCGACAUCAUCAUCGGCAUGAUGGACUCGAACGACGUUGAGGCGUGUCGCAGUUCGCUAAAGUGCGUGCAGUACCUGAUCGAGGACCUGUCUUCGGUAUACUACAGCCACGGCACCGCGUUCCUCUCGAAAUCUGAGUGCGAUCGACUGCUGACGUCGAUCGUGAAGGGCGCGUGCAUGGCCGACGAUCGCAGCCGCAAGACAGUGAUGACUUGUAUGCAGCACAUCCUGCCGUUCGUCGGCAGCAACAUGGCCAUCCCGAGCGAGCGCGACGCCAUCGUGCGUGCUAUUUGUUACAACAGCGCGCCGGGUAACGGCCCCGAUGUGCGCGCGGCGGCAAACGACUGCCUGGUGCAGCUCAUCACCGACUACUACGAGCUCAUUGGCCCAUGCCUGCAGUUCAUAGUGCCGCUGUUGUGGCAGGCGAUCGACACUUGCGUCGACGAGAUUGCGAUUCCCGCGUUCGAGUUCUGGAACACCAUUUGUGAAACUGAGAUCCAGCUCGAGUUCGAGAACCCCGAUGCCAACCAGCACAUCAUCCAGCAGGUGAUCUCGUACCUGCUGCCCAAGAUUUUACAUACCAUGACGCUGCACGAGUACGAGGACUUCGACAGCGACACCUGGACGCUGCCUAUGGCCGCCGGCGUGUGCCUUUCGCUGUGCUCGCAGACGGUGCGUAACGACAUCGUGCCGUCGGUGCUGCAGUUCAUCAACGACAACUUCAACCACCAGAAGUGGAACCACCGCGAGGCGGCUGUGCUCGCGUACGGCUACAUAAUGGAGGGCCCCGACGCCGAGACGCUGCAGAUGCUGGUCCGCGACUCGUUCGACCGGCUCUGCGACGUGAUGGACGACCCCUCGAUCGCAGUGCAGGACACGGCCGCGUGGACGAUUGGGCGUAUCGCGAGCUUCCACUGCCAGGUGAUUUUGCCCUACCUGGGCCACCUGGACGACUCAAACAGCAACCUGUCGAAGAUAAUGCGGGCGUUGUUCAAGCCGGCGCGCGUCGCCGCCAACGUGUGCUGGUUCCUGCACGAGCUGGCGGAGAACGCGGUCCGCGCCUCGGGCAACCGUGACCUGAUCGACGCCAUCUUCCCCAAGGUGUGCGACGCGCUGGUCCGCAGGGCCAGCAUGGAUGACGCCAUGGAGAAAAACCUGUUCUCGUCGGCCCACAGCAGCCUGUGCAACUUCAUCUCCAAUGUGAGCGUCCGAUGCCGGAAGCAGCUGGGCGGCAUGCUGGAGCACUUCGAACGGAUGCUAUCGCAGUCAGUGUCAUCUGAGGACCAGACCUCCGAGACGCGCUCGCGGCAGGAGACCAUCUGCGGCGUGGUGCAGGUGCUGCUGACCCACGUCGAGUUCGUGCCCAGCACGCAGAACCUGUGGCGCAACCUCUACACGAUUCUGCAGGAAGACCUGAGUGAGGACGCCCUGCUCACUGUGAGCGCGCUGAUAAACCGUGUGGGCAGCGAGGAGUUCCAGCCCCACCUCCCGCAGCUCAUGGAUAUUGUGCUGGCGGGGCUCCGGCGUCCCGACAUGGUCGACUCCUGCAAGGCGUGCGUCGAGCUGAUCAGCGACAUGUCGCGCGUCAUGGACAGCAGCAUGCGGCCGUACGUGCCUCAGAUGAUGGACAUCCUUCUGAGCGCGUUGGCCGACUUCAACACGCCGCAGAAGCUGAAGCCGCCGAUCGUGACCGCGCUCGGCGACAUCGCGAUUGUGGCUGGUCCCGCGUUCGCGGCGUACCUGGAGCCGUCGAUGAACCUGCUGUUGCAAGCUGCGAGCAUUUCGUUCGAGAUGGGCCCCGUGGAGAACGAGGAGUGGAUAUGGUACAUCACCGACCUGCGCGAGGGCGCGCUGUUGUCGUUCACCGGGAUCUUAUACGGGCAGAAGGGUGCUAACCAAUUAAACGCGUUGCGCGGUUACGUGAGUAGCAUUCUGCAGUUCGUGCAGCAGGUGGUGGACACGCCGCAGCAUUACUACUCGUCGUGCAACUACCGCCUGGCCGUGGCGCUCGCGGGCGACCUUGUGACUGCGUUCGGCGCCGACCUGUCGGUGCACCUCGUGAACUCCACGCUCAUGAACAAGAUAAUGGAGCGCCUGGAGCAACUGGAGACGGAGAAUGAGCCGUCUGUGCCAGAGUGCCGCGAAAAAGUGAACUGGCUGUGCAAGCUCCUAAAUGGGAGGUAA